AUGCCUGUAUCGAUAGACGAGCCCGAGUUCCUGCACGAAGUAUGGGCCCUCUUUGGCGUGGGCUGUCUGAUCCUGCUGGGACGCUUCGUGGUGCGCCUGCGUGCCGUGGGCAUCAAGGGCCUCCAGGGCGAUGAUUUCUUCUCCAUGCUCGUCUGGAUCUUCUACGCCAUGGACGCGUCGACGGUGCACUUGAUCUACUUCCUGGGCACAAACGUGGAGGCGGGCGUUGCGGCGGAAAAGGGGCCUAUCUCGGACAAAGACAUCAGAGACUACGAAAUGGGGUCCAAGCUGCAGCUGAUCGCCUGGUACUCGUACACCGCACUGUUGUGGUCGCUCAAGGGCACCAUGCUGUGCUUCUUCUCGCGGCUGACCAUUGGCACCUGGCACAAUACCUUUGUCAAGACGGCUUCGUGGCUCUGCGCCUUGGCGUACAUUGCUGUCUUCCUGACCAUCACUUUUGGCUGCUUUCCCACGCACGACAACUGGCAAGUCCUCCCGGAUCCUGGGGCCAAGUGCACCUUCAAGUUGCAGAACUUUAUCGUCACCACCGUUCUGAACGUCUUGACCGACGGCAUGAUCUUCUGUAUCCCCCUGCCCCUGUUGUGGACACUGCAGGUGCCUCUGAAGAAAAAGCUCGUCAUCGGCCUCCUCCUCUCGUCCGGCGCCUUUGUCAUCGCAGCCGCCAUCAUCCGGGUCGUCCUCACCACCUCGGCCAACCCGUCAUCUGUCAGCAUCAACAGCUGGGGCGUCCGCGAAACCAUUGUCGGCAUCCUGACCGUCAACAUCCCCAUCCUCCGUCCCAUUAUCAGCCGCGAGUUCUGGUCCCGCAAGGCCGUUACACUCCCCAGCAGCCACGGCGGCAAUGGCGCCUCCCACGGCACUGGAAACAAGCAGACUAACAUUAGCGGCUCCUACGAGCUUACCAGCAGCAUCGACAAGAGCAACCGCUUCGGUCGCAAGAGGCUGGGCUCGGACUCGAAUGGGAGUCAGGAGAGCAUCAUUGGGAACACAAAGACUGGCGGCGGCGGCAGUGAUCCCAGCGCUGUGGUUGUCCAGACGACGUACCAGGUGUCGAGCAACCAGGAGGGAGGCGGCGACUCGUGGCAUAAUGGCAGGGGUGGACUCACGCAGACGUCGGUGCUUGGAGGCAAGGCUCCAAAGCUAUAG